GUGACUCCUGUUGAACAGACUGACAUAGUGUGAUGUUACAUAGAUUCAAAUCAGUUCAGUGUUUUUCAAUGAGCUCUAUUGUAAACAAGUGUUAACACACAGUAUCUCUGUCAAAGCGCUCCUCUUCCUGGACUGAACCAAAGCUUGAUAACCCCUCCCUCUUCUUCCUGCUCUCAAACACAGCCAGCUCCACUCUGUCCACAUGUUUCCUUGUUCCCUCCCCUUCAGAUCUCCAGUUUGAAGAUGGGUGGAACCAACACGUCAGGCCCCGUUCACUGCAGAGACACAUGUUGUUGAGAUCAGAGCUCAGACUAGUUUCAUUUCUGAGGAAGUGAAACUCAGACAGUCGUUGUCACAGAGAGCUGAAAUGGCGCAGAAAGGAGCUCAGCUGGCCCGGGAAACUAUUUCUUGUUCGAUCUGUCUGGAUCUACUGAAGGAUCCGGUGACUAUUCCCUGUGGACACAGCUACUGCAUGAAGUGUAUUCAAAACUUCUGGGAUGGAGAGGAUGAGAAGAGAAUCCACAGCUGCCCUCAGUGUAGGCAGACCUUCACACCGAGGCCUGUCCUGGUGAAAAACACCAUGUUAGCAGCUUUAGUGGAGGAACUGAAGAAGACUGGACUCCAAGCUGCUCCUGAUGAUCACUGCUAUGCUGGACCUGAAGAUGUGGCCUGUGAUGUCUGCACUGGGAGAAAACUGAAAGCUCUGAAGUCCUGUCUGGUCUGUCUGGCCUCUUACUGUGAGAAACACCUCCAGCCUCAUCAUGAUGUAGCUCCAUUAAAGAAACACAAGCUGGUGGAGCCCUCCAAGAAGCUCCAGGAGAACAUCUGCUCUCGUCAUGAUGAGGUGAUGAAGAUGUUCUGCCGUACUGAUCAGCAGUGUAUCUGUUAUCUCUGCUCUGUGGAUGAACAUAAAGGCCACGACACAGUCUCAGCUGCAGCAGAAAGGACUGAGAGGCAGAGAGAGCUCGAGGUGAGUCGACUAAACAUCCAGCAGAGAAUCCAGGACAGAGAGAAAGAUGUGAAGGAGCUCCAACAGGAGGUGGAGGCUAUCAAUGGCUCUGCUGAUAAAGCAGUGGAGGACAGUGAGAAGAUCUUCACUGAGCUGAUCCGUCUCAUGGAGAAAAGAAGGUCUGAUGUGAAGCAGCAGGUCAGAUCCCAGCAGGAAACUGAAGUGAGUCGAGUCAAAGAUCUUCAGGAGAAGCUGGAGCAGGAGAUCACUGAGCUGAAGAGGAAAGACGCUGAGCUGGAGAAGCUCUCACACACAGAGGACCACAACCAGUUUCUACACAACUACCCCUCACUGUCACGACUCAGCCAAUCUACAGACUCAUCCAGCAUCAAUAUCCGUCCUCUGAGGUACUUUGAGGAUGUGACAGCUGCUGUGUCAGAGCUCAGAGAUAAACUACAGGACGUUCUGAGGGACCAACGGACAAACAUCUCACUGACAGACACUGAAGUCCAUGUUUCACUACCAGAACCAGAGCCAAAGACCAGAGCUGAGUUCUUAAAAUAUUCACGUGAACUCACACUGGAUCCAAACACAGCACACACACAGCUGUUACUGUCUGAGCGGAACAGAAAAGCAACAUUAAUGAGAGAAGACCAGUUUUAUCUUUGGCAUCCAAGCAGAUUCAGUUACAGGUCUCAGGUCCUGAGUAGAAAGAGUCUGACUGGUCGUUGUUACUGGGAGGUGGACUGGAGUGGAGGAGGUUAUAUAGCAGUCGCAUACAAGAAUAUUAGCAGAGACUUUUCUGAUGAAAGUAGAUUCGGAUUUAAUAACAAGUCUUGGGCUUUAAGAUGUGAAAAAAACAAUUACAAGUUUUUGCAUAACAAUGUCCAAACUCCCGUCUCAGGUCCUCUGUCCUCCAGAGUUGGAGUGUACCUGGAUCACAGUGCAGGUAUUCUGUCCUUCUACAGUGUCUCUGAAACCAUGACUCUCCUCCACAGAGUCCAGACCACGUUCACUCAGCCUCUCUAUGUUGGACUUUGGCCUUUUGGCGGAGGCAGUGCUGAGUUGCGUAAACUCAAAUAGACGGAAGUCAUUUAAGGGACAGAUGGUUAAACUGGUCGUACUUUGACAUCUUCUCAUUUGUUGCUCUGUAAAUGUUUGACUUCAUUUCAAUGAAAAUAUGAACUUCUCUGUGAUUUAAAUCUUUUUUGAAUUUGUACUGAUGUAUUUGUAUGUUGUUUCUUUUCCAGCGCAUGAUAGAAAGCAUCAGAAUUUAGCGUUACAUUUACAUGCAUUUUCUUUCCAUUUUAUCAAUUUACAAAUGAAGUAUCAUAAAACUUUAAUUAUCACAAUCAUAAUCAAUAAGGAGAUGAUUGAUUGUUUUCUUGUACAUAGCUGAUUCUGGUCAAACCAACUGAUUGUGUGGAUGAAGUGAAUCUGUACAUGAAAUCAUUGAACAGACCUAACCAAAGGUUUAAAUGAUGAAUAAAGGUUUCUUUUCACAGAUGAAGUCUUUUCUUCAUACGAAGCUGAUGGACAAAAUGUGAAACUAGUAUGAGAGUAUAUAAAUGAGGCAGUCCUGCUUGUGAAAUAUCACAAAGUUCAGCAUUCAUGUUUAGAGCAGAACAGCAUUUGUCAGUUCAGUCUCAACUUUCCUCAUUAAACCGGCUUUGUCACAGAGAAA